AUGUCUGACUUCCAAAAAGAGAAAGGUGAGGAGCAAGAGCAACCUCAAAUCAUCAAGAUCAGAAUUACUUUGACCUCCACCAAGGUUAAGCAAUUGGAGAACGUUUCUAACAACAUUGUUAAGAACGCUGAACAACACAAGUUGGUUAAGAAGGGUCCAGUUAGAUUGCCUACCAAGGUCUUGAAGAUCUCUACCAGAAAGACUCCAAAUGGUGAAGGUUCUAAGACCUGGGACACUUACGAGAUGAGAAUCCACAAGAGAUACAUCGACUUGGAAGCUCCAGUCCCAAUCGUCAAGAGAAUCACUCAAAUCACCAUUGAACCUGGUGUGGAUGUCGAAGUUGUCGUUGCCAAGAACUAA